AACCUACACUACACUACACUACACGGACGCCAAAUCCAAAUCCCUCUUCUCCAAAUUUCACUUUCAAUUCCGGGAAUUCGUUUUCAUUUUCCUCCCGUGUGGAUAGAGAGAGAGAGAGAGAGAGAGAGACUCUCACAAAUCACUCUUUCACGGAAUUUCACAACAAUUUCUCAUCUUCUAGGCUCCCCAGGUUUAGGGCUUGGUGUUGUUGAUAGAGUUUUUUUUUUUCUGAAUUGAAUAGAGGGAGAGAGGGAGGGGGGUUAGGUUAGGUAUGACGGGUCGGUCACAGCGGUGUAAGAGUACGGACCCACCGGACGAUUGGGUUGACGAGUCAUGGACUGUAGAUUGUGUGUGUGGUGUCAAUUUCGACGAUGGGGAGGAGAUGGUGAAUUGUGAUGAGUGUGGCGUGUGGGUGCACACGCGGUGCUCGCGGUAUGUGAAGGGGGAUGAUAUAUUUGUGUGUGAUAAAUGUAAGAUUAAGAAUAAUAGGAAUGUUAGUGAGGAGACUGAGGUUGCUCAGUUGUUGGUUGAGCUUCCUACUAAGACUAUGAGAAUGGAGAAUUCUUUUGCAACUAAUGGGCCGCCUCGCCGCCCUUUUAGGCUUUGGACUGAUAUACCCAUUGAGGAGAGGGUACAUGUUCAGGGGAUUCCGGGUGGUGAUCCCGGAUUGUUUAGUGGGUUGUCGUCGGUUUUUACUCCUGAGUUGUGGAAAUGUACCGGGUGUGUGCCCAAGAAGUUUAAUUUUCAGUAUAGGGAGUUUCCUUGUUGGGAUGAGAAGAAAGAGGGUGAUUCUAGGAUUGAGGAUGAAAAUGAGAAUCCUGUUGAUAAGGGGGCUGGGGUCUUGUUCUCCUUGUCGAAGGAGAGAGUUUUGGCUACUGCACCUGUUACAGCUUUCAUUGGCGUGAGAGGCAGGGGUGAGGAAGGUGGCGGUGAUAGGAAGGCGCCUUUGAAGGAGAUGAAGAAGUGGGAGAGUGAGGAAUUUGAUGCUAGACGUGUGCAGAAUGGUGCAAAGAAGGAGAGGAGCUUACUUCGACCUGUUGUAGUACAAGCCAAUAAGCGGAAGAAAGAAGAUUUGGGGCCAUCUAAAGAUCGGAACGGGAAGAAGAAAGUUAGAAUUGCUGAGAAAGAGGCAGAUGCAAGGAAGAGAGGCUCACAUUCUUCUAAAACAGUGUUUACACCCACAAGUGAUGCAAAACAAUUGGAAUUUUAUGAAGACAGAGGUCCGAAGUUUGUUAAAGAUGAAAGUAAGAGUAUUAAGAACAAGAAUUUGAAGGUUUCUGUGGUUCCAGAGCAUGUACCUGAUGGUAAUCUCGCAGUAGACAAUAAUGUGGAACAGCUCAAGAACAACUUAGCUACUAUUGCUCACUCUUCGGAAGCCUUACCUUCUGACUUUCCUAGGUGUGUGUCCUCUGCUGGAGCUGGUCUCAAGGGAGAAAAAGAUAGCGAUAAAGUACCUAUUGCAGUUGAGAGCUCUCCAAAAAUUGUUGAUGGUGUUGCAUCAUUGUUAGAAAGCAAUGUGGCUGGUGUUCCCAUUAAAGACGAGGGAGCUAGUGGGUCAAAUGAUAACAUAGAAAAUAGUGCAGAAGUUUCUGCUAGAAACGAUGUGAGGCCACCUAUUGAAGAUCUGGCUACCAGCGCACCGGAAGUUAAAGACGAUCAGAUUCUUCAAGAUUUUAACAGUGACACAUCACUGAGCUCUGUUCAGCCAAAUGUUAAAGUGAAAACUGAAGAAGAUGAUGAGAAUUCUAGGGGUCUUUCGAAUACACGGUCUUCUCCUCUAGGUGAUGCAAAAGAGACAGGGAUAUCUUCUGAGCAAAUGUCUGAAAAUUCUAAAAUGAAUGAUGCAGUGGUAACCAGUUCACAAUCCAGCGACCAUAAGGCACAAGAUGCUGAAAGAAGUUUAGACGGACUUAUUGAUCACCAUACAGAUAAAUUUGAUGAAUUGUCUGGUGGUCCUUGUCAGCUUAAACGAGAAUUGGUGGGCUCAGAAGGUUCUGCGUCUGCAAAAAAUAUUCCUUUGGAUGCCAAACAUGGAUUGGUGUCUGCUGAAGAGCGUCCGAGAUCUGGUGGAGCUAUCUUAAAUGCCCCAGUGCUACCCAACCAGCGUAAAAUGGUUGUAUGUGUUGGAAAAUCUUCUUCCACCUCAUCCAAACCAUCCUCUACUGACGACUCCAAACCUGUGGAUGCUCAGAAUCCCAAUCCUAUCACCAAGCAACGAGUAACACCUGACUCCAAUCUUAGCAAUAAGAAAGAUCGUGCUUUAAGUGAUGUGGUCAAGGAUGAAGAGAAGGAUGACUUGCCUAGGAAUGCAGAAAAAGAGCGUCCAAAAUCUUCUGAAAAUUCUGCUUUAAAAGCAUCACACUCUAGCAGGGUUUCACACGAUUCUGUUCCAAAGCGAACUGUAUCAGAUUCUAAAGAUAACUCAUCUUCUAAAGAUAAAGUGUCUUCAGCACAGAAUAUUUCUGCUGCUACAAGCCCAGGUGAGUCUGCUGUAUCGCUGCAUCAGCAGAAGUCUUUACAUGCACAAAAUAAGACUCACUCUUCAGGUCUACCACAAAGAGGUGAGAAGUUUAACCAGGCAAAUUUCCAGCUGUCAUCUAAGAUGAAUCAAAAUCAUGGACCAUCCACGCAUCCUCCACCUUCAAAUUCUCCUGCAACCCUCAGUGAUGAAGAGCUUGCUUUACUUUUGCAUCAAGAACUCAAUAGUUCUCCUAGAGUACCUCGUGUGCCACGUAUGCGCCAUGCAGGUACCUUACCUCAGUUGUCAUCUUCAAGUGCGACAAGCAUUCUAAUAAAGCGCUCAUCUAGCUCUGGAGGAAAAGAUCAUAACUUGGUUUCUAGAAGAAAAUACAAAGACACAUCCAAAGAUGGGUUCCGCAGUUCUCGUGAGCAUGAUGAUGAAGCUAAAAGGACAGACAGAGUGCCAUCUUCUGAUCAGAGGAGACAAGACAUGGUACACACAGCAGAUGCUUCCACCAAGAGUGAGGAAAAUGGAUCCCCAACAGUGUUCCAUUCUGUUAAGAAGAAUAUCCCUCCUGCUUCCACAGCAACUACAAACAGUGGCCCAUCUUCCUCUACUGAAGCUAAUGAACGUAAUUUGUCAUCUAUACGCAAUUCACCCAGGAAUACCUCUGAUGAUGAUACAGGAGCAGUUGGGGGUCCUGUUCAUCGCACUUUACCUGGCUUGAUCAAUGAGAUUAUGAGCAAAGGCAGGCGCAUGACUUAUGAGGAACUCUGUAAUGCAGUCCUCCCACACUGGCAUAACUUGAGGAAGCAUAAUGGAGAGCGUUAUGCAUAUUCAAGUCAUUCUCAGGCUGUUCUUGAUUGCCUGAGGAACCGUCAUGAGUGGGCUCGGUUGGUUGACCGUGGUCCCAAGACAAAUUCAAGUAGAAAAAAGCGGAAGUCUGAUGCGGACGAAUCAGAGGAUAAUGAAUAUGGCAAAAGCAGGAGAGCAAAGGAGGUAGAUGGUAAGAGCCUGGACUCACAAAGGGAAGAGUAUCCCAAGGGCAAGAGGAAAGCACGAAAACGCAGGCGAUUGGCCCUGCAGGGGAGGGGAAUAAAGGAUAUUAGAAAGACGAGGAAGGCUGAUAUGAUCUCCGAUGAGGAUGUUGGACAGUUUUCUGAUUCUAGUGAAGAGAGCACAUUCAGUGAGGAUGAGAUUCAGGGAGGUGGAUCAUGUCCAUUAGGAAGUGAGGCCUCUGCUAGUUUAGAUGAGACAGGGUAAAGGACCAUGUAAUUCUAGAUUGUAGAACAUUUAGUUUUUCAUAUGAUUUCUUCUGGAAGAGGCUAUGCAAUGAUCUGAUACGAGCAGUCCAGCAUCCUCCCAUGUACAUUUCUAGCAAGACAGUUAGUUAGUUAUGGUCUGGAAAUCCGAUUGAGGUCGCUGUAGAUUUAUGAUGAGUUCAUAUCAGGUCAUUGUGGCUAGACAGUAGGCUUAAUGUUGUUGGGCAAGGGUUGGGUCGAUACUUUCUGCCAAGCUCUGAUGUGAAUAAUGAAAUUCUAGUGUACAUAUGAAAUGUAUUUUUGUAACCAUGUGUAAGAAGCAUUUUUGUUUUGAGGCAUAGGCCAAUCAAGUAGAUUCGCAUGGAAUUUGGACAA